AUGGAGGAGGAUUCGCUCAAGGGGAUGAUCUCCGCCAUAUCCUGGGUGCCCAGGGGCGCCGCCAAGUGCAUGCCCGUCGUCGCCGACCCGCCCACGCAGGAGGAGAUUGCCGAGGCCAUGAAGACCUUCGCCCUGGGAAGAGACUCCGGGAGCGACGUUGACGAGGAUGAUGAUGCUGGCAACAUGGAAUUCGACGGUGCGGCAGAGGCGAAGGAAGAGGUUGACGAGGUUGAUGAGGCUGCCAGGGCUAAGGCCGUUGCGAAGGCGCUCGCCAAGGGCUCCAGUAAGGUGGACGACGUUGCUGAUGGGCUCCGCGAGCUCAACAUGGAUGCAUAUGAUGAUGAGGACGAAGAGGUUGAUGUUAUCGGCUCCGGUUUGGGGGACUUGUACUAUCUGGACAACGGAAUGGACCCCUAUCUCAAGAACAAUGUCAACAUUCUUGAAGAAACAGAUGACGGUGAACAAAAUAUCUUUGUGCAUCAUGAUGUUCCUCUUGCUGAUUUUCCGCUCUGCACUGCUUGGAUGGAUUUUAAUCUCAAAGGUGGCGAAAAAGGCAAUUUUGUAGCCGUUGGAACCAUGGAUCCUGCCAUCGAAAUAUGGGACUUAGAUAUGGUUGAUGAAUUGCAGCCGCACAUGGUGCUAGGAGGACUUUCAAAAAAGAAGGCAAAGGGCAAAAAGGGGAAAAAGUAUAAGAAAGGAAGUCACAGAAGUUCUGUGCUUGGUCUUGCAUGGAACAAGGAAGUGAGGAAUGUUCUAGCUAGUGCAAGUGCUGACACAACUGUGAAAAUCUGGGAUGUAGCUGUUGGUAAAUGUGCAGUCACACUAGAACACCAUGAUGACAAGGUUCAAGCAGUUGCUUGGAGCCCACAGUCUCCUGAAGUUCUUCUUAGCGGAUCCUUUGAUAAAACAGUUGCCGUGAAUGAUAUGAAAGAUGGUCAACAGAGUUGCCAUAAAUGGUCUGUUGAAGCAGAUGUGGAAAGUUUAGCUUGGAAUCCACACAAUGAACACUCAUUUGUGGUCAGUCUUGAAAAUGGGAUGGUUCAAGCCUUCGAUAAGCGAACAGCUUCAUCAAGUUCUUCUGUCCAGUCUAUGUAUACCCUUCAUGCACAUGAUAAGGCUGUUUCUUCCAUCUCCUUCAACCCAUCUGCCCCCAACUUUCUCGCAACAGGCUCGGUUGAUAAAAUGGUGAAACUAUGGGAUCUAUCAAAUGACAAACCAUCAUGCAUUGCCUCCCAAAAUCCAAAACUUGGAGCUAUUUUUUCGGUAUCAUUUUCAAAUGACAGCUCCUUCUUGUUAGCAUGUGGAGGUUCAAAAGGCAAACUAAAAGUUUGGGACACGCUAAGGGAGCCCGCCAUAGCUCGCAAGUUCAGCAAAUAG